UGGAUGGUAGCUAAAAGAGAGAAGAAGAAAGGGAAAGACUGAUUGUCGGUUGUCAGUUUUAAAAAAUUCAGUCGCCGGCAGUCGAUAAUCUAUAGAGAAGGAGAAGCAACCGACAGAGCCAAACGCGUCCUUAUAGAGCUCGACCCCACCACGCAGAAUUGUUGUCACCUUCAGAGAGGCGGCCCUGCCUCUUCCGUCAGCUUUGGUUCUUAGAAGUUGGACCCAGUCCAUUCUGAUCCGUCACCAGCUCGUCCAAAAGAGGCGUUUGGAAAGUUCGUGUUCGUGGCUGGGAUGAGGUUAAGAAUGGACGGGAACUGGAACCUGGGCCAAUUGUUAGGUGUCGUGGUGGUCUGCUUCUUGUGUCAGAAUUUCCACUUGAGUUGCUGUCUCAACGAUGAAGGUUUGGCUCUGCUGAGGUUUAGAGAGGGAGUGUUGAGUGAUCCAUUUGGCGCGUUGUUGGAUUGGAAAGAGGAAGAUGGAGAGGUCGAUCCGUGUUCGUGGUUUGGGGUUGAGUGCUCAGAUGGAAAAGUUGUGGCCUUGAACUUGAAAGAUCUUUGUCUUAGAGGAACACUGGCACCUGAACUGGCAAAGCUAGUCCAAAUGAAGUCUAUUAUUUUGCGCAAUAAUUCUUUUAGCGGAAUCAUUCCUGAAGGGAUCGGGGAGCUGAAGGAGUUGGAGAUGUUGGAUUUGGGAUACAAUAACUUCAGUGGAACACUCCCACCUGAAUUUGGCUGUAAUGUUGCACUCACAACCCUUCUUGUGGACAACAAUGAGCAUCUUGGCGACUUACCUCCUGAUGGACUUCUGACGCUUUCUGAAUCUCAAGCAGAUGAAAAUCAGCUUUCUAAUGCAGCUGAAGGAUCAUCUUGCCACAAAAGAUCCGUUGCUUGGAACGUUGCCCAAACUGAAGACAUGUUUCACAGGAGACUGCUGAAAAACAUGGUUGAUGAAUCACAAAAUAUCGAAAUCAUAGCUUCACCACCUCCAAUAAAAGUUAUUAUUUCUUCAGCACCACCAUCACCAUCCCCUUCACUGUCACCAUCAUCUGGGCCAAAGGCAAAAAUGGAUUCCCCUACUCAAAUGACUUCUCCACCUUCCCAACCUUCUUCAGUGCCUUCCCCUGCAGGAAGCCCCACAUCAUCGGAUAAAGGAAGGAAUCAUCUAGCUGCAAUAUUGGUCGGAGCAAUAGGGGGUACCAUUCUAAUUUCAGCCAUUGGUGUAUAUCUCUGUAAAAGCAAUAAGGUAGCUACUGUCAGACCUUGGGCCACGGGAUUAAGCGGACAGCUUCAGAAAGCAUUUGUAACUGGUGUUCCAAAGCUCAAGAGAUCAGAUCUUGAAGCAGCUUGUGAAGAUUUCAGUAAUGUGAUUGGUUCUUCGCCAAUUGGUACAGUUUACAAAGGGACACUGUCUAGUGGAGUCGAAAUAGCUGUGGCCGCUGUUGGAGCGACAUCUGCCAAGGAUUGGUCAAACAGCUUAGAAGCACAGUUUCGGUGGAAGAUUGACACAUUAUCAAAAGUCAACCACAAGAAUUUUGUCAGCCUUCUUGGAUACUGUCAGGAAGAUGAGCCUUUCACCAGAAUGAUGGUAUUCGAAUAUGCUCCAAAUGGAACACUGUUUGAGCAUCUACACAUAAAAGAGGCUGAACACUUGAACUGGGGAAUGCGACUGAGAAUUGCAAUGGGAAUGGCUUACUGCCUUGAGCAUAUGCACCAACUGAACCCACCUAUAGCCCACCACAACCUGAACUCAUCAGCUGUCAGUCUCACUGAGGAUUAUUCGGCCAAAAUAUCAGAGUUCAGUUUCUGGAAUGAGAUAGUUGCAGCUGAGAUAGAAUCAGCUGGAUUAAAGAAUUUAUAUACACCAUCAGUAGAUCCAGAAAGUAAUGUUUACAGCUUUGGUGUCAUAUUGUUUGAAAUCGUUACCGGUAGGCUCCCUUAUUCCGUGGACAAUGGUUCACUUGAAGACUGGGCAUCUGAUUAUUUGAGAGGGGGGCAACCGCUCAGAGAAAUUGUCGACCCAACUUUGACAGCCUUUCAUGAGGAGCAACUGGAGCUAAUGGGUGAAGUGGUAAAAUCUUGCGUCCACCCUGACCCUAAACAGAGACCAGCAAUGAGAGAAAUCAGUGCAAGAUUGAGAGCCAUAACUGGAAUAACGCCUGAAGGAGCAAACCCAAAACUUUCUCCUCUGUGGUGGGCAGAGCUUGAGAUUACGUCUGCAGAUGGAAGCUGAAGUGUACAACUUGAAAACCAGGAAUUUUCUACAGUUGGUGAGUCGCUAAAGAAAUGCCUGCAUGUUGAUAUGGCUUUUAUUUCUCCCAGAGUAAUAGAAAUUACCUGUAUAUAACUCAUCUAGGCAAAUCUAGCGUUAUCAUUUUAACUUUGGCCGUGAAACUUAUAUGGAAGCACACAAUAGCAUAAGCAUGCCUGAGUCAAGCUAA